UUUAUCAAAACUUCCGGCAAUCGAUCCACCGUGGCGGGAGCGAUCAAUAACAACAAUAGUGCAGCUGAAAUGUCAGGUUGGUGAAUGCAUGCGAGUUGUUGACGAUGGGGUCCAGGAAGAAGAAUGCCUCAAAGAAUAGCUCAGCUCAGAAAACAGAGUUGAAACAGUCACGCCAGACUACUCCACCAUCCAAACCAGAGAAGACAAGAAAUGGUGUCAAACCCAAACAGGAGGCAGAGACCAAAACGAAGAAGGCCGGCAAAGGUUCCAACAUAAGAUUGGCAGCCAUUGUUGCCACCAGCAGUCUGGUAGCUGCUGUGGCAGUUUUCUACGUCAGUCCUGAAGUGCAGCAUGCCGUGGGGCAGCUGAUAACUAAAUAUGUCUAUGAAGACUUCCCAGGUUUUUCAUUGUGGGACAAGAGUGAAAGUGUUGAUACCAAGACAGAUACGACAGGUGCUCAAAGUGACCAGAGUGAUGUUCCCAAUCCAGUACUGAAAGAGUCGUCAGGGGAACCAACCCAAAAGGAUGCAGAUGAUCAAGACCCCAAGAUAAAAUCAUCCGAGGCAAGAAAGAAAAAAACGAUGAAUCUUCCCAAAGCAAAGAGAAGACACAGAAAGAAAAGUAUAAAUCUGCUGACACCAGCAAAGGAGAGACUAGAGGAAGUGACCCUCCAGAUGGAUUCAAAGAACACCGCAAAGAGGAAGACAAGAAGAGGGAAGUGA